AAAAUGUACCCUUGCUGCUCCACAUUAACUUUGGAACAGGACCUCAACAGAAAAAUGCAUAUCUGGAUGCUGCAGACUAUAGCAUUUGCUGUAACAUCUCUCGUCUUUUCGUGUGCAGAAACCAUCGAUUAUUAUGGGGAAAUUUGUGACAAUGCAUGUCCUUGUGAGGAGAAGGACGGAAUCUUAACAGUGAGCUGUGAAAACAGGGGGAUCAUCAGCCUUGCAGAAAUCAGCCCGCCACGCUUUCCAGUCUACCACCUCUUGUUGUCUGGCAACCUUUUGAACCGUCUCUAUCCUAAUGAAUUUGUCAAUUACACUGGGGCUUCAAUUUUACAUUUAGGGAGCAAUGUCAUCCAGGACAUUGAGACAGGGGCAUUUCAUGGGCUUCGAGGCUUGAGGCGAUUGCAUCUGAAUAAUAAUAAACUGGAAUUACUAAGGGAUGACACUUUCCUUGGAUUGGAGAGUCUGGAGUAUCUACAAGUUGAUUACAAUUACAUCAGCGCCAUUGAACCUAAUGCUUUUGGCAAAUUGCACUUGCUGCAGGUGCUGAUCCUCAAUGACAACCUCUUGUCUAGUUUACCCAACAACCUUUUCCGUUUUGUGCCCUUAACGCAUCUGGACCUUAGGGGCAACCGGCUGAAACUUUUGCCCUACAUAGGGCUGUUGCAGCACAUGGAUAAAGUAGUGGAAUUACAGCUAGAAGAAAAUCCCUGGAAUUGCUCUUGUGAGUUGAUCUCACUCAAAGAUUGGUUGGACAGCAUUUCCUACUCUGCUUUGGUAGGGGAUGUGGUUUGUGAGACGCCUUUCCGGUUACAUGGGCGGGACUUGGAUGAAGUGUCCAAGCAAGAGCUUUGCCCAAGAAAACUCAUCUCAGAUUAUGAAAUGAGGCCCCAGACACCCUUGAGCACUACGGGGUAUUUACAUACGACCCCAGCUUCGGUCAAUUCCGUGGCCACUUCUUCCUCUGCUGUUUACAAGCCUCCUCUGAAGCCCCCUAAAGGUACCCGCCAACCCAACAAACCCAGGGUGCGACCCACUUCUCGCCAGCCCACUAAGGACUUAGCCUACAGCAACUAUGGCCCCAGCAUCGCCUACCAGACUAAAUCGCCGGUGCCUUUGGAGUGUCCUACUGCGUGCUCUUGCAAUCUGCAGAUUUCUGAUCUGGGCCUCAAUGUCAACUGCCAGGAAAGGAAGAUCGAAAGCAUCUCGGAGCUUCAGCCCAAGCCCUAUAACCCCAAGAAGAUGUACUUAACAGAGAACUACAUCACGGUCGUGCGUAGGACGGAUUUCCUGGAAGCGACAGGACUAGACUUGCUGCACCUUGGAAAUAAUCGCAUCUCCGUUAUCCAGGACCGUGCUUUUGGGGAUCUAACCAAUUUGCGACGACUCUAUCUUAAUGGGAACCAGAUUGAACGUCUGAGCCCAGAGCUUUUCUAUGGUCUGCAGAGCUUGCAGUAUCUCUUUCUCCAAUACAAUAUUAUCCGGGAGAUCCAGGUUGGGACCUUUGACACAGUCCCUAACCUGCAGCUUUUGUUUUUAAACAACAACCUCUUGCAGGCCCUGCCCGGGGGCAUUUUUUCUGGUCUCACGCUGCUCAGGCUGAACCUGAGGAGCAAUUAUUUUUCUUCCCUGCCUGUGAGUGGGGUUUUGGAUCAGCUGAAAUCUCUCAUUCAGAUUGAUUUAAACGACAACCCUUGGGAUUGCACUUGUGACGUGGUGGGCAUGAAGUUGUGGGUGGAGCAGCUCAAAGUGGGGGUACUGGUGGAUGAGGUCAUUUGCAAAGCCCCCAAAAAGUUCGAGGAGACCGACAUGAGGUCUAUCAAGUCAGAGCUUUUGUGCCCAGAUUAUUCCGAUGUGGUGGUUUCUACACCUACUCCUUCCUCCAUACAGAUCCCACCACGAACCACGUCCUUGCCCUCCAUGGUCAGAUUCAACAGCACGGGUGCCACUGCGGGGGGUGGUUCUGGGAACAGCGCCUCUUCAGUCCCCUUGUCCGUGCUGAUCCUCAGCUUGCUGCUUGUCUUCAUCAUGUCAGUCUUUGUGGCUGCUGGGCUCUUUGUUCUUGUCAUGAAAAGGAGAAAGAAGAAUCAGAGCGAUCACACUAGCACCAACAACUCCGACGUGAGUUCCUUCAACAUGCAGUACAGCGUGUACAGUAGCAGCGGGGGCAGCAGCCACCACCAUUCGCAUACUCACCACAGGGGCCCAACCCUCCCUAAAGUGAAAACCCCCGCGGGCCACGUGUAUGAAUAUAUCCCCCAUCCACUGGGCCACAUGUGCAAAAACCCCAUCUACCGUUCCCGGGAGGGCAAUUCGGUGGAGGAUUACAAAGAUCUGCAUGAGCUCAAGGUCACCUAUAGCAGCAAUCACCAUCUGCAGCCUCAGCAGCAGCAGCAGCCACAGCAGCAGCCUCAGCAGCCUCAGCAGCAGCAGCAGCAACCACAGCAGCAGCUGCAACUGCAGCAGGGAGAAGAGGAGAGGCGGGAAAGUCACCACCUGCGGAGCCCCGCCUACAGUGUCAGCACCAUUGAGCCUAGGGAGGAGCUGCUGUCACCAAUGCAAGACGCUGAUCGCUUUUACAGAGGCAUUUUAGAACCCGAUAAACACUGCACGGCCACCACGGCUGGCAGUAGCCUCCCAGAAUAUCCUAAAUUCCCCUGCAGCCCUGCUGCCUAUACUUUUUCCCCCAACUAUGACCUUAGGCGCCCCCAUCAGUACUUGCACCCGGGGGCAGGGGACAGCAGGCUCCGGGAAACGGUGCUCUAUAGUCCCCCCAGUACUGUCUAUGUAGAACCCAACAGGAAUGAGUAUCUGGAAUUAAAAGCAAAACUAAACGUUGAGCCGGACUACCUCGAAGUGCUGGAAAAACAGACCACAUUUAGCCAGUUCUAA